AUGGAAUGCUUCAAUCCGAAGGAGAAAGAAAACGAUAGAGAGAGAGAGAGAGAGAUUGGAGUGGACCCUAGACUCGUAAUCUAUGUUUUACUAAAAUCUAGAUACAUCCCGAAUCAGAAACACUGUGGGCCAUGAAUGAUGUAGAGAGAGAAAGAGACAGAGAGAGAGAGAGGAGCCGGGAGAGUCGUAGUCAACGCAGACCGUAAGAGGAAGAGAUAUUAUUAGGCCAUAAGAGAGAAGCUAAAAGCGCAGGUGGGGGUAUCGACAUCGGCACGUGUGAGAGGGAAGAAGGCGCGUGCGGGGAGCGGUGUGUGAGGUUAAUCGUGAAGGGGUAGAGGAAGGAGGGAGGAAAGGGGUGUGGACGGACACAUAGAGAGAGAAGGUAGAGAGAGAGAGAUUGUCUGGCGGGUGUCACGAGGAACGUGCUCGUAGAAUCUAGUGAGAGGUCGAGGACGAGCCGCGGAGUACUUUACCAGCCUCCACAUUCCUCUCUCUCUCUCUCCACUUUCUUCCUCUCUCUACUGGUAGUUGUACUAUAUAUAUUGGGGAAGGUGGGGGUAGGGGGAUUGGGUGGCGUAUGAUGGAUUGGUGGGAGAAGGCGGUCCUGCCGCCGGUGAAGCGAGCCUGGGUCGCCGUCGCCGCCGCCGCCGCUUCCCGAGCCAAGCCCGGUAGGAAGAUCGGUGAGCCCUCUUCCUUCUUUCCUUCCCGGUGACAUCUCUCUCUCUCUCUCUCUCUAUCUCUAUCUCUUGCCGGUCUAGUUUGUAGAGAGGGAAAGGGAGAGACUGGUUCGGAAUUCCUAAAUCGAAUCGACGCUGGAGGAUCGGAUUCACGGAAGAUCGACCUCUUUUUGGGGAAGGAUAGGAACCCCAGAGAGAGAGAGAGAGAGAGAGAGAGAUGGACGCGGGUGGCGCCGCCGCUGCGCCGCCGCUGCGCCGCCGCAACGGUUGUCGGUGGGGUGGGGAUGGUCGUUGACUGGGUUGUGCGUGUGGGCAGGGACGGGGAUAGAGAAGCUGGAAGACGACGUGCAGACGUGCGAGUACGAGGACGUGCAGGUGAUGUGGGAGAUGCUGAGGACGGAGAUGGAGAUCUCCUCGCAGAGGCCCAAGCGCAGGCGCGCGCCCCUCGCCAAGGCCUUUGUCUGGUUCGACCGCCCGGCGGCGCCGCCACCGGCUCACGGAGGUCUAUGCACAGAGCCCCGCGGAGGACGGCCGGAGAAGCGCGAGGUUCGCCGGCGCCGCCCUCUGCGUCGACCGCUGCCUCCCCAAGUGAACCACCACCACCGCCGCCGCCGGCGCCGCCUCCCCAGCUGUAUAGACGCCCUCUCUCUCUCAAUAGGUUCCUAGAGGGGAAGCGCAGGAGCCCCAUUGGAGGAUCGCAGAGCGAGGUCGAUCGACCUUGCCCACCUCUCGCAAUGAGUGGCUUUUUCACGGUCUUCUUCUUCUUCUUCUUCUUCCCCUUCUCUGUUCCUCCCGCCGGUGAGUCUGGAGGAGGAAGACGAUACAUUCUGGUCAUCUCUUCCCCCAAAUAAGAUGAACCCAUUCAAGAUGACUCAAGCCCACUCCGCCCCAUCAGACCAAAACUUAGAGAGAGAAGAGAGAGAGAGAGAGAGAGAGAGAGAGAGAGAGAGAGAGAGAGAGAUUGUUCACAGAGAAAACCAGUCAAAACAAUUAUCAGCGGUAAAAAAAAAAACUAACAAAAAGGGAAGAAAAUUAGAAAAGGGUACCUUGCGCAGAGUGCUUCUGAAUAAUUAAGUAAAUGAAUGAAUAAUCGGAUGAAGAUAACUGGCAGCAAUUAAACUACCCGAGAAAUUCUCAGAUUUUAUAAUAAAAAUGUCGAAACUGUCCUCUGAAUCCCUAGAAAUCACGUAUAGAUUACACAGGGCAUCUGCGGGCGUCAUCGCGGAGGGCUACCCACCUCCUCUGUCGAUUGAUUAGCUUGCUAUGUAUAUCUAUAUGUAACCGAUGAGGAAGGGCUUACCAGAGCUUGAGGAGGCGUGUGGGCCCAAGAAUUGUCCCUUCGGGCAGGUUGACCCCCGUUUUAUUCACCGUAUGCACCGAGACCAGAUGGGUCAACGCCUGCGCCGCCCCGGGGGGGUGGGAGGGGGUGGGUUUGGAAAGAUCAAAACUUUGCCCAGGAGGGAGGAGGGUUACUCUUGGAAAGAGCGGAGGCAUGCCUUUUCGAGCAGCGACGGCCAAUCUUCCCCUAGCUGCCGGGGGUUCAUCUCCAAGGCAACCCUGAGAUCCAGCAUCGACAGCGGACGACGGGUAUUGGAAGAUCCAGAAGUACUCAGUAGAUGUAGGUCAUUUUCUGGAGAUACGGCGUUGACCAUAUUUCCAUGAGAUUGCUUCUUGAAGGCCCUGGGAUUCACUGGUUCUUGCCCUGAUCUUGCUCCCACCAGGUCAACGCAGGAGGUGAUGAUCCGCUUCAGGUAGGCGUCCAGACCGUUGUUCAAGAGAUUGGCGCAGUCCACGGUGACGCCCUCCAGACCACGAGCUGCAGAUAUCUGCUCCAUGCGAUUCCUCAGAGCUUCGGUGUCGCAGAGCUCGCCGGAGGAGAAUCCGCCGGCGGUGAUGGAGGUCGGUGUAGAGCGAGAUCCACCGAGACUGGUCGGAAAGAAUGAGAUUCCCAGCGGCGCCAUUAUAGGACCUCGAUCAGAUUCUGCAUCAUCGAGAAAGGCGGCUUCUGGGGGAUCAUGCGAUGAUGGCUUCUCAACCUGCUGCUUCUUCGCAGACGCCUCUGCGCCGCCUCGUUCCACUGCGGCAGCGGCGGCGACGUUGACCUUCCCGUUCAGCCUCAGGUGGCUGGGCUGAUGAUCCUUCGGUCUGUAGAUCGUUGACCUGCUCCUGCGAGGUGACGAAGGCAUGAAAUCCCCAUUCGCUGAGGCUGGAAAGGGGGAGUGAUGGAGGAAGUCGCUGGCUGAAGGGGAUUUCUUCACGGCUGCUUUGUUCAGCUUCGGGGAGUCCCGGCCAUGGGGGGACGGAGAAAGGAGCUUGGCCUGAGACGCAUUCCAGAGGAUCGAGCGGAGGAACCGGUUGUGCAGGGCGACAUUCUCGAAGCCUAAAAUCUCCAGGCAGACCGCGUCGAAUUCAGCUUUUCUCAGCUUCUGGACCAGGAACCUGCUCAGAUGACUGAAAUAGCGCUGGGCUCUCUCGGGGCCGAUCUUCGCAGCCAUCUGCGACUGCAAAUCUCUGAGGUUGAUACGGGAGUUCUUCAGCGGCGGCGGCGGCGGCAUUUCUCGACGCAUCAACUCAUUUUCUCUACAGGGAUCAGAUCAGCGAGGCGAACUCCACAGUGACUGGCAGCAACAAUGCCGGGCGGCUCCCAUGCUCGAGCGGAGGGAGAAAAACCCUAGGGUCGCAUACAAGAGGAAGAACUCGUCGGCCGAAGAUCCCGAACUCACCUCACCGGAGGCGUCCUGCUUCCGAGUUCGAAUCUGAAGAACACUCCAGAGCAGAUCAAAACAGCAGCGGCCACCACCGCGAACACUCCCGAGCCGCCGACGAUCUUCCCCGUUCCUAUCACGAAUUCCUUGCGGAGGGAUCCGCCUCAGUGCUUCACAGCUCCCAAAUCCACUCCGGCGACGCGGAUCGCGCGGCUAUUGAAGCUAGGGAUAGCGAUUCCACGCACCGGCGGCAGAUCCAGCGGCGGCGGCGGCGGAGGAAGGUCCAGGGGAAAUAGGGCCGUGUUGCAGAGAGCAUUGAAGCCCUAAUUGAGAGCAGAACCAGGCGGAAACCUAGACCAGGAGAAGGACCGACUGACCUCUUGGAGCUCCCUCCCCCCCUUCCCUGCGACGCAAAACCAAGAGACCACGGAGAAAACCCCCUCGCCGGAAUUCCAGAUCCUGCGGUAGCCCCUCCCCCCUCUCCUCCUCCUCCUCCUCCGCCGCCGCUCGAAUUCGCCGCCCCAAUCGCCGCCGCUCCCUCUCUCCUCCUCUUCCGAGCUCCAAUUUCGCCGUUCUUUUUCAAUCCCCACACCCGCCCCACCCCCCCCCCCCGCACCCCCCCUCCUUCCUCCUCCCAGGGCUUGACUGAGCUCUGAGUAAAAACUGUGCUUCUCACCCUUUGACGGGGCUUCUCUCUCGUCCUCCUGUUCCGGAUCCAUGCCGGGUCCAUCCAAACUAGUUGACCGAAAGGUCUCAUCUAUCCGUUUUGUCGGAUAACGGGCCCACAUCAGGUCAACCUUUCAGGAGUCAACGCGAGCUGGAGGAGGAUCGAGGAAAAUAUCGAUACGGUCCCAACCAAGAUCUGCCCUCUAGGUCUAGUUGACUGCCGAAAUGUUGACCAGAAUGGGCCAGAGAUCCGACAGAGCGGAUUGAGGCGGCCUCUCGGUCAACUAGUUUGGAUGGACCCGGUAUGGAUCCGGGACAGGAGGACGAGAGAGAAAGAUGCCCGGUCAAAGGCCCCAUCCAGUGAAGAAGGGGGUAGGUUUUGAAAAGCGCCGUUUUACUCGGAGCUCAGUCAAGCCCGGGGAGGACGGAGGAAGGAAAUUGGGGCUUGGAAGAGGAGGAGAGAGGGGGCGGCGAGGGAGGGCGUGCGGAGGCGGUGGAAGGAGGAAGGAGGAAUCGCUAUCCCUGGCUUCAAUACCCGCGCGAUCCGCGUCGCCGGAGUGGAUUCGGGAGCGGUAAAGCACGGAGGCGGAAUCCUCCGCUAGGAAUUCGUGAAGGGAACGGGGAAGAUUGGCGGCGGAUCGGGAGUGUUCGCAGUGGUGGACGCUGGUGUUUUGAUCUGCUCUGGAGUGUUCUUCAGAUUCGAAUCGGAAGCAGGACACCUCCGGUGAGGUGAGUUCGGGAUUUCGAGUCGUCUGCAAACCUAGGGCCCUCGUUGAUCGGUGCGGGCCUGAGGAGGAGGAGGAGGAGGCAGAUGGUGGGAGACUUUAUAGGGCACACCGGCUGCCGGCAGCUGUCGCAGCUGCUCGCGGUCAUCGUCUUCUUCCACAGCUCGGAGUUUGUUCUGGCCAUCGCCAUUCAUGGCAGAUCCAAGUUCUCCUCGACCUGUAAGUAGCCUCUCCGUUCCUUCUUCACCGAUAUUUUAUGGCCAAUUAUGUGCCCUCCGUCACCUAUUCAGGGAUUCAGAUCGCAAUUGACCUCGUCGUCGGUGAGAUGUGCAUUAACUCCGUGAAGAGAGGGUCCAACGGAUGUACGACGAUCUAUGUGGAUGGGAUCGAACGUGAUGUUUAGAUCGAUUUGAAUUCGUGUUGAUCGAAUUCCGGAAUCGUGCAGGUUCCUCUCGGGGAUUCCUUCCAGAAUGGAAUCCUUAAUCAGGAAGCAAGAGGCGUACUCCGUAAAGUUUCCUUCUGGAUGGUAGAAAGCACUGCCGGUGGUUAAGAGGAGACUUGAUCAGACAGGAAAGGGAUUGGAAGACGUGAAAGAUGGAAGAUCAUAGGAUGUAAUUGGCAUAGCACGUCUGGUCUCCACCCUGGGGUUGAAGCGUGGAUUUUUCGUUUGAAGAAAACAUUGCAAAUGCGUAGAUUUCUCAAGGAUCAUGGGCUCCAUCCCAAUUACCCACGUUCAAAGCACCGUAGAAAUUGGUGAUAGAAAGUACAAAUCAUUAGAGAGCCUGGCAUUAAUGAUGUGUGGUUAUCCUUCCCCUCUUCUUAAAAAUGAACACAUAAAUUGUCCAAACCUAGAAACUUAUCAUGAUGCUCACAUCUCUUUGAAAACUUAUCAUCAAGGGAGUCAGUUGUUGAGUUCUUUAGAACAAAUUAACUGGAAUGAAUGAUUCAAAAUGAAAUAUCCGAUCUCGCUAGGCUUAGCUUUUGCAGAUUUUACGGCGAAGAAAUGCCAUAGUUUUUAAGCAAAUGGGCAUUAAAAUUAGCUCAGCUGUGAUUCCCAAAGAGCUACAUUAAGUAGGAAGAAAACAACAGAGGAGAAACUUUAAUGGAGUAAACGGUGGAUAAGAAGUAGAGAUGAGGAAUACCCUGAAUCUAUCACUGACAGAGAAUCAGAAAUUAAACACUGAGACUUUAAUUUCAUGCAGUUCAGAUGCAGUAAUUCUGGUUUUAACUUUGGAAAUCUUUUGGUAUCUUUUCCAGCGCUCCUGAUAAGCAAGCAAUACAUAAUCGCGAUGGUUUGUGCAUUGUUGGAGUAUGCUAUAGAGCUUGUGAUGUUCCCAGAAUUGAAAGAGCACUGGUGGGUGAGCAACUUUGGCCUUUUGCUGGUGGUGAUUGGAGAGGCUAUACGGAAGGCUGCUGUUCUCACUGCUGGACGUUCUUUCACGCAUACGAUCAAAAUCCAGCGUGAACAGCACCAUCAAUUGGUUACUCAUGGAAUUUAUCGGUAAUUAUUUAUGUUGAACUUUGCUUUAGUUUUUAGGACUUUUAACACUCUGAAAGAAUUGUGAUUGCAUAUUGAACUCAUCUGUUGGCCUCGUCAGCUCAAAGUAGUCAUAAAGUAUUGUUGUGGGAUAUUGGAAUAAUUUAUUGGCAGUAGCGACAGUGAUAUGGCUUUAUUGCAUUAAAGUGCAUGCGAAUAUGUAUUACAAUCUCCACUUCCAAGCUCCUUUAGGCUCUUCUUUCGUUAUUUUAAGAGGGAUGUACUUUUUUGACUCCCCUGCUUGAGGAAGACUGAAAGAUGGCAUGCAUUACUUCAUAAUAAGGCCAUAAUAAUGGCGUCCGAAAACUAUUUAAUGAGCUGUAAAUUGAGAAACGUUGCUACGAGGUCUCUGUGGGAAAAAAUUAUAUUCCAUUGAUUGAAUGUGCACUUAUGUAGUAAUUUUGUUGUGUCCGUGAAUGUUGGAAGUACCUUUUGUGCAUAAAUGCGAUUUCCAAGGCAAAAAAAACCUGUAUAUGAUUUAUUGGCUUAUUAGAUAAUAGAGAAAAAUCAACUAGAAAACUUUUGAUCCCCAGAAAAGCCCAUGCAAAAUGUCAAUCCAAAAUCCAUCACUGUGCUCGUUCUACACAAGCUUGUACCACCAACGUGUGAAGAAGGCCCUGAUUUAGGCAUGAAUUGGCUUGUAUACACAGUUGGGAAUCAUUUUCCGGGAACCCCUGACCUCCCCACCUCCUCCUCCCUCCGGAGUGAGAAAGAGUGGCAACAAUUUACUCACUGUGUUUGUUUCUCGACAGAUUCAUCCGUCAUCCAGGGUACUGCGGGUUCUUCUUAUUUGCAAUUGGCACGCAGGUGAUGCUCUGCAGUCCCAUCUCCAUAGUCGCCUUUGCAGUAGUCACAUGGCGGUUCUUCUACACGAGAAUACCGUACGUUCUUGAAUCCGCCGCCCUCCUGGUUAUUGCAUCGCUGCUGCUUUCUGAUUUCCAUUGAAAAUGGCUCAAAACCCAGGUACGAGGAGUUCUUCCUGAAGCAGUUCUUCGGGUUCGAGUACAUCCAAUAUGCGGCGCAGGUCCCGUCCGGGCUACCCUACAUCAGGUGAUGUUCUGCAACCUGGGAUCUCUUCAUGCUGAGAUGAGACCACGCAGGAAAAGUCAAUGAAACAGCAUGAGAGGUCAACGAGGGAAGGCCGGAAGAUUACCCUUGAACCAGGUACAUUGAGAUCAUCGAAUAAUCUUUAGUAUAUAGUUGAUAGAUCAUAUGAAUGGGUCUUGCUGAAACUCUCUGAGAUGGCCCAGUGUGUGAUAUUGUAUUAUUAUUACCUUGAAUCUAGCAUGCGGUUGAUGGAUUAUAUGAAUAUGAAUGGAUCUUACGGAAUCUCUCUAAGAUGGCCCGUGCGGUUGAGCUAUAGCAUGAUCCAGUGAGUGAUGCCGUAUUAUUACAUUGAAUAAUUCAUAUGAAUUAGCUGAUUCAUAAUUCUGGUUAUACAUUUCUUGCACCAUAAAUAUUUGAAAUGAAUGGAUUACGAGAAAAAUCAGAGAAAAGAACAGAAAAAGAGGAGCCCAUGCCUGAAUCAGUUUAUCUCCCCCGAAGAGCAGCUCCCAAGCUGUUCCAUCAUCCUCUUCAGCUCCUCCACCCUCUCCGCGCCGCCAUCUCUGGCGAGGAGGAACCCUUCCACCACUCUGAAGCUCCUCUCUGGCGGCCUCCUCCCCCUCUCCACCACCUCCUUGAAGCAGCUGCAGGCCUCCUCCACCCUCCCCCUGCAGCAGAGCGCCGUCACCAGCAGAUCCAGCGCAUGCCCAUGAGGGCAACAGCCCUUCCCCACCAGGUAUCUCCACAGGCUCAAGCCAAAGUCAACCCUCCGGUUCUCGCAGAAGAACUUCAUCAGCGCCACCACCGUUCUCGUCGCCGGCACGAAGUUCUUCUCCACCAUUCGCCGGUAGAGCCCACAAACUUCGUCGCCGGCGGCGGCGGCGGCGGCGCCGGCCGUCAGUCCCCAGAGAGCGGUGUGGUAGGUCACGUCGUCGGGGACGAUCCCCUUCUCCUCCAUCUCCUCCAUCAUCUCCACGGCCGACCAGCUCUGGUCCUUCCCCCGCACUAGCGCCGCCAUCAGCGCGUUGUAGGCGCCGGCGUCGUGGGUCAGAUAUCUUGCAGGCAUUUCAUCGAACAGGCGGCGGGCGAGGGAAGCAUCCUUGGCUACGCCGGCGCCGUGGACCAGAGUGGUCAUCGUCUCCAAUGUGGGCGAGCAGUUCUUCUCCUCCAUCUCCUGCAGAAACCGCAUGGCCUCUCGAAUCCGUCCCUUCUUGCAGUACCCAUCGAUCCGGAUGUUGAAGGUGACGACGUCCGGGGCGAAACCUCGGAGGAUCAUCUCGUGGAAGAACAUAUCCAUGGCCAUGAGAUUCCCCGUCUCCUUGAAACCCAGAAGCAGAGUGUUCAUCGUCCGCGAAUUCGGGGGGAACCUCGCGUGGAGCCGCCGGAAGACGGCGCGCGCCGCCAGCACUUGCCGCCGCGCGCAGAACGCCCUGAGCAGGACGUUGAACUCGUCCACCCCGAACUCCCUCCCCACGAAGACCUUCUCCAUCCUCUCGAAGGCCUCCAUGGUCUCCUCGAAGGUCCUGAACUUGGCGUACUUGGCGAGUAGGAUCCCCAUGGACUUGCUGCUGAGCAGAGAAGGGUCCGCCGCCGCCGCCGCCUCCUCCAGGAGCUCCCACGCGCGCUCCAAUUCGCCGGCGCGGGCCAGCGCGUGGAGGGCGGCGUCGAAGGCGCGCUGGCUCGGCCGGAGGUGGCGGCGAAGGGAGAAUCGGAGGAGCUCCAGGGACUUGAGGCUGUUGGCGUGGCCACGGAAGAGGCGGAAGAGGACGGCCUCGACAAGCUCCGGCGAGAGAAGGGGCGGCCCGAGAUGGCGUUCGAGGAGGGGAAGGAGGGGCCGGGAAGGGAAUGGGUGCUCAUUGAUGAGCUUGGUGAUGCGAUCGGUGACCGUCUCCAGUGGUGAUACGGCGGCUGGCGGCGGAGGCGGCGGCGGAGGGGGAAAGAAGAUGGGCGGCGGCAGCCUUAGCUUCCUCGCCGGAGUCAUGUCUGAGGUUGCUCCCACCGCCGGCAAGGCGACAUGUUCAGUGGGGAGAAGAAGAAGACCUAUAUAA